CUUCAAAGCCACUUUAGCUGAUCACCAUCUAGUUUGUGAUCCGGAUCAUCUGGCGAUUGAGGAACACGCGGCGGAACGCAGAGUGUUGGUUGUUGAAAUCUACUCGUGCUUUUAUUAUUAAUUGCCAGGAUGUCGACGAGGGCGACGCGCCGGGGAAAGAAAACGACGCUGGACGGCGUACUCGAAACCGAAGGCAGCACAGUAACGUCCACACGAGAGACAACACCUGUUGGCGGUGACGGACCGAUCGCCAACCGUACCCGUCGAGGCUCAGCGGCGAGCACCACGCUCUCAGAUCUCAUCGGUAGUCCCUCUCGUCGUGCUGCGUCCGAACCGCCCAGCGACGUCCCUGUCCGGCACUCUCUGGCGGGGUCAAGGGCAUCAACCAGACAGUCGAGUGUGACGCCGAGUAUCUCAAGCCGAGGAGGAUCUGUAGAGCCGGGGCUCGAUGAAGAUGAAGAGCUCGAAGAAGAAGAAGAAGCUACAGAGCUUGUCGAUGCCGACAUCAACUCUAUUACAACCACAUUUGAGUUUAUGGGGCCCCAUGGAACAGCAUUAGCUGUUCUUGGCGUUCCCGUUGUGACACUUGCAUUGCAGCUGCUGUGCGACCCAGUGAAGGGAUGCCCUUCAUCCAAUUUUUAUGAAUCGCCUCUCGCGUACUUUACUGAUCGCAUUAGCCAUGCGACAUUUUUCAAGCUCGAAGCAGUGGCUGCCAUUUUUGGUUGGAUGAUCUUUCAGGCUCUUUUGUACGGAUAUUUACCUGGAACAUAUAUUCAAGGAGUUCCAUUGCCAACUGGCGAACGACUCACCUACAAAAUCAAUGCUUUUGGAUGUAUGAUUGCCACGUAUAUUGCUGCGUACGCCGUUUUCUCCGUCAAAGGUCUUGGCCCUUUUCUGUGGGUAGCCGAUAACACCCUACCUCUCGCCGUCGCUGCAACUAUUUACGCCAUUAUCCAAUCGGUCCUCCUCUACGUUCUAUCUCACCGCAUUCCACCCCAUGGGCAGAUUUUGCUGGCCAAGGGAGGUAACUCUGGGUACCCCAUUUACGAUUUCUGGAUGGGAAGGGAACUCAAUCCACGUCUGUGGGGAUGGUUUGACCUCAAGUAUUUCUGUGAGCUGAGGCCCGGAUUGGUUGGGUGGUCUGUACUGAACGUGUGCCUUGCAUGUCGGCAAUGGGUCAAUUUGGGCGGCACUCUGACGCCUGGCAUGGUGAUGGUUGUGCUAUUUGAAGGAUAUUAUGUCAUUGAUGCGCAGUGGAAUGAGCCAGCUAUUUUAACUACGAUGGACAUAACUACUGAUGGAUUUGGGUUUAUGCUGACUUUUGGAGAUCUCGUCUGGGUUCCUUUCAACUACUCCCUACAAGCUCUUUACCUUUCCCGCAACCCAGAAAGCCUGUCUUCCGCCGCCGUAGCUGGCAUCUGCCUCUUACAGCUCUUUGGAAUCUACAUCUUCCGUAGUGCCAAUUCCGAGAAGAACCUCUUCAGGACCAACCCCGACGAUCCUGCUGUUCAGCAUUUAGAGUAUAUUCAGACCAAAAGAGGGUCGAGGCUACUUGUCAGUGGCUGGUGGGGUUUGGCUAGGCACAUUAACUAUUUUGGCGACUGGCUUAUGUCCUUAUCUUGGUGCUUAACAACCGGUUGUUCUUCCCCGAUCCCCUACUUUUACUGCAUCUACUUUGCGAUUCUUUUAAUUCACAGGGAGAUUCGGGAUGAGCAUAAAUGUAGGAACAAAUAUGGAGAGGAUUGGGAGGAGUAUUGUAGAAGGGUUAAGUGGAGAAUUGUGCCGUAUAUUUGGUAGAUGUUGGAUUCUUGCUUUUUGAAUUGCGUUAUUGUCUCUUCCCUGGGGCGGACUUUCUGAGAGAUUUGGGACAAAAAAGUAACUUGAAUAAAUUGGGAUAUUUUUGAGAUAUCAUAA